AGCGCGCCUUCUCUCGAUCCUCCACCCGAGCCAAACCUUCCGACCGUGUCUCCGACCCCGUCUCCGACCGACCCUGACACCCUGUCUCCAAGCAACUCUCCCACCACUGCGCCAUCGAAUGAUACAGCUACAGUUCCAUCUCUUGCACUUGAAACCGAGUCAUCAGAAUUGGCGGCUAACGAUUGCGCUCCAACCAAACUAGAAUGGGCUCUUAUGAUCAUUUUUUCUUUUGUUUGUGGAUCCGGACUUGGAUACGGAGUCGGCAUUAACGAUUACAAAAGGUGGAACAAACACGUAAAACACGUACAACACUUACAAGAUGGAAGCCAGUCCUCACCCCCCCCAAGUAUUGAAUUCUCUUCUGACACUGACAGCUCCGUCAGUUCUGUAAGUACUGUGAAGUCCGAAGAUAUUUCCAAGGACAGUUCUUCCGAAGGCGGGGAAUCCGAUGACGAAUCUACCAUCAAGGAUACCGAUGACAAGGCUACAAAGGAAAGAAAGGAGAUGCUGAAAGCCAUGAAAAAGCAAACCAAGAAACUUUUGAAGGAACUAGAGAAGCAGAGGAAAAAGGAAGCAAAGAAGAAGAAGAAAAAAGAUAAGAAGAAGAAGAAGAAAGAAGAGAAAAAGAAGUCUAAGGAAGAUAAGAAGUCUAAGGAAGAUAAGAAGUCUAAAAAAGAUAAGAAGUCUAAGAAAGAGAAAAAGGAAACCGAUUGAAGAUGAGAAGAAGCCAAAGUUGAAGGAAGAAGAGAAGUGCGAGAAAUAGAGAUCUAACAAAGGA